AUGGCUGAAGUUCUCAGUAUCUUUGCCAGCGGCGUUGCCGUUGCCCAAGUGGCGGGCACGGCUGGCGGCGCGGUCAUCAAGCUCAAGAAGCUAUGGGAUGAAGUCAAGGACGUCCCCGAGACCAUCCAGUGCCUCAUGGAUCAGAUCGAUUGCCUCGAUCCAGCGCUUUGGGAAGCAGAGCAGCACAUUGCCCAGAACGAGCUGCCCGCCAUGCUGUGGAACGACAGCGCGGCCGUGCGCAGCGCUGAGUACUGCCGCAAGGCACUGUCGAAAUUGACCGAGCUCGUUGAUGAUCUGGCCGUGCAGAUCAGUUCGUGCCGGGGGUUGUCCAAGAGGCUGGCCAAAGUCAAGGUGGUCCUCAAGAAGGACGAGCUGAGGAAGCUCGAGAGGCGGCUGGAGACUGCGGUGAGACUGCUGCAGACAGCGCAACAGGGCAACAUUAUAGCGAUGCUCAAACUCCAGCCUGAUAUCAUCGUUGGCAGAGUCGUUGCGAAGAUCGACAACAUAGCAUCAAGUAGCACCCAGCUCUUGAAGGGGCCAGAACGACAGUUUGAAGAACAAGAUAACGUUGAUCAUGCGCGCUGCACCCUAAAACAGACCUAUGGCACGGAGGUUAUCCACCGACGAAAGCAGAAUAACUUACAGACAGCUCCAUGGCGAAAACCAGGAGUUCUCGGUGGUUUUGUUUAUGAGAGGUCCUCUAAUCUUCUAGAUGCAGGCUUUCGGCCACCGAAUUGGCUUUCUGGCAUCUCUUACGCGUGGGAUAUCAACCUGAGGAAAUCUUACGAUGGUUGGAACUUCCAUUUUCGCAGCUACUCUAUUAGGCCUUGGAACUCCGAUGUUUUUCGUUUUGCUAGUCGUGGAAACUUAGAAGUGCUCAAAGGGAUGUUUGCCUCUGGCGAAGCAUCACCGUUUGAUUGUGACGAAUACGGAUACGAUGUGACUUGGUAUGCUGCGGGUUUCCUUCAGCUGGAAAUCAUCAAAUUCUUCAUGGACUUGCAUAUAUUUGACGAGUCUAAGACUUAUCGUGAUGGCUCGCCCGCCCCGUGCUAUGAUUAUAAUCCAACAAGUGCAGAACUUCUUCAAGCGAUUCUCAGCCAAGUGGUCACUCAACAAUUGGAGUUCGAAUUAGAAUCGGAACCAUUCGACGAUAUCUGCACCUGCAGCAAGGUCUCUACGUGGGCAUUGUUUCAGAUUGUCCAGCCUUACAGCUGUCCGAAUCACAAAAACACGACUUUGCGUUCGCGGCUGGAAAGAAUUCGAGACAACUGUACGUACGAAGCUCAGGUGAUCAAAUUCAUUCUCGGCCAAUAUUGGGACCCGGGCAAUGACAUAUCGGAGACAGAUGGGCCGACCUUGAUACAUUCACUGUCCCGUUCUGGACAAUUGAUUCUAGGACAGUGGCCGUCAGAAAUGGUUGCAUUUCUGACAGAAGUAAUCCGGAAGACAGAUAAUGUUCACCAUCUUGACGAAACCUAUUACGGUUAUGUAAAGGGUCGCGUUAGUUGCACCCCCUUGGUUUCCCUUGUUCUUUUUUCUUUGUUUUGGGCCGACAAGCGAAGCAACAUGCACUCUCAUAUUUUAACAAACCUCCGUCGCUGGCUAGGUGCCGCCAAGGCGGCUGGAAUAGAUCUUGCUAAGUUUGGUCGAAAAGAGAACGAGCUUCUACAAGGCGCCGUUCGGGGCCACCGCGGGCCGCAACAUGUGCGAGGAAACACAUCGAUAAAAUUUCAAGUCUAUUGUAACUCCGGGAAGCGCACCCGCCAAGGAGACAGGCGAUGGAAAUUCAAGUCAAAAUUACUUGCGUUCAAGAUCGGCCCCGAAAUCGAGGAUUGGGAUAUCUUGAUCACGGAACCUACGGACAGGUUUGCGGGCCAUUUCUGGAAGAUGGUUGAGACCCCUCCGCCAACGUCGCUGGUAAUUCCUGGUGCUUGGGCUGAUGAACCCGAGGAUUACGAUUCAUGUGAUUGGACUUCUUCAGAAGAGGAGGACGACAACACUGAGUGCGACUCGAGCGACGAUGAGGACUGA